GAACUUCUGUUUUCUUGUCUGUGAACAGAAACGCAGGAUGAUUUGGAGUCGCUUACUAACGAUAUCAAGAAAAUGGCCAACAAUGCUCGUAACAAACUGAAGACCAUUGAAAGGAAUCUCGAGAUGGAAGAAGUGGAGAGAGUAUCAGCCGACUUGAGAAUACGCAAAUCACAGCACGCCGUACUUUCCAGGAAGUUUGUUGAUGUGAUGACCAAAUACAAUGAAGCUCAGGUGGACUUCAGAGAGAAAAGCAAAGGUCGCAUUCAGAGACAAUUAGAGAUCACUGGUAAAACCACAACUGAUGAGGAGCUGGAGGAGAUGCUGGAGGGAGGAAACACAGCCGUUUUCACAGCGGGGGUAAUGCAUGCGUGCAUGUGUGUGUGGCAGAGCUGGAGUCAAAACCUUUCCCUUCCUCAUAGCGUGCUCCCAUAGGCAGUGCACGAGAUCUAUAGUCUAAAGCAGCACUCAGAAAAAGAGGUACAAAGCUGUCA